AUGGCAUUCGUAAGAAGAGGACGCUUUGUGAAUAAUUAUAUCUCAAAGGUGCAACAAGAUAAUUGGAAUCCAAUAUUUGGUUAUAAAGAUCGAGAUCUUAAGUCAUUAGAAGAAGCCGUAGAAAGCAUCAUUCCAUUCGUCAACAAAGUCAUGGAGUAUGCAGAGGAAGCUAAACAAAAAUGUAAAAAAAAUACAAAACUGACAAUAAAUGCAUCGGCAGCAAUCUAUCUUUACACAAUGGAUACACCUUUUUAUGAGAAAUUCAACAAAGCUCUUCGAGGUGAAAAUCCACCUGCGUUGGUACCAUGGUUCGACUUUCUAAAACUGUUCAUUACCGCUCUAGCGAAAUUACCGUCGCAUCCAGCUACAGUAUGGCGAGGUGUUGCAAAUAUUAGUGGCUUAGAUUUUUAUAACAAUGAUAUGUUCACUUGGUGGAGCGUGAACUCAUGUUCGUCGCGCGCCAGAGUCGCUGGAAUUUUUGCAGACAAGAAGGGCACUCUAUUUUGCAUUAAUAUUAUUUAUGGCAAAGAUAUUACUGAGUACUCAUCGAAGGAAGACGAAGAAGAAAUCAUUCUUAUGCCUGGAACUCAGUUGCGCGUCAAAGACACAACGUUUGAUGUUGAUGGUUUCUCCGUCGUUCAUUUGGAAGAAUGUACUCCGAUUCCCGAAGGAAAACAUGUCAUGAUAUCUUACGAUUCGAAUAGUCAAGAAACUGUAUCCAAAAUUUAUCAUUAUCUACACCUCGAACAUAUACCACUUUGGCUCAAUAAACAGAAAGAAACGACGAAUGAUCUAAAGACAAGUUUGGCUGAAGGAGUAGAAAAUGCUGCAGUCGUUUGUUGUUUCAUAACUCCGAAUUAUGAAAAAUCUGACUUUUGUCAACUUGAAUUACAGUAUGCACAGAAACGGCAAAAACGAAUCAUCCCAUGUAUACUCACUGAUAUAAAUAUAUGGAAACCUUCUAAUUGGUUGAAGCUGAUAAACAAAGACCUCGUACCGAUCGACUUUGACAACGUCUCUAAACCAUCAACCAUGGAAGAAAACGUGAUGGAACUGAUUUAUCGAAUAAAAUACCAAUCUCCAACACCUCAAUAUAUACCGCCACAAGUAGCUGAUAAACCGAGCUAUCUAUUUGAACUGAUUAAAUAUGAAUAUAAACGAAAUAGUCGUAUUGAACGUUUCAUGAAUCCAGCCAAAUCUUUUUCAAUCGACCAAAGUUACAUCAAUUUGGCCAUAGUAGAAACUAUAGAUCAGCAUGAAAAAGAAAAGAAGCUUCGUGAUUCUCACAACAACGAUGGGAUUAUAGAAGCAUUUGAAAGUAUUCAUGGUACCAAGACUCCAAUAGAUGUCAAAGAAAUUUUCAAAACAUGCAAGGAUAAAAGAAGGAAUGUACUCGUAUUCGGUCGAGCUGGCAUUGGAAAAUCAACAUUUUGUCGAUACGCCGCCUACCAAUGGGCAACUGGCAUGAUUUGGCAGGAAUAUGAACUGAUUGCUUUGAUUCCAUUGCGUUCCUUGACAACACACCGCUAUCCUAUAUUACCAGCUGGUACCAACUAUUCUCUAAUAGACGUUCUGAAAAGAGAGUGCUUUUCUUUCGAUCAAUAUCUAUCAGAAAAAGAUGAAAAACAAUUGCAAGAACAAUUUCAUAACAGUCGCAUCCUGUGGCUUUUAGAUGGCUAUGAUGAAAUCGUACAAAAUGUACCUACACAUCUCAAAAGUUUAUUGAAUGAUCAGUUACUGAAGACUCCACAUCAUAUCAUAACAUCUCGUCCAUAUAUGAAUACUUUAUCGCAUUCUAUGCAAUUGGAAAUUACAGGCUUCACAGAUGAUAAUAUUUCUAAGUAUGUUAAAAAGUUCUUCAAUCAAAUCGGAGAUGAAGCAGAGAAUUCAUCUGCUGAAGAUGAAAAACUAUUAAGCUUUCUCAAACGUAAUCGUAGGAUUUGGGGUAUUGCACACAUUCCGAUAAACCUAGAACUUAUCUGUAGUGUUUGGAGCAAUACUCAUUGGUCAGAAACAAAAACACUAACAAUGACAGGACUGUACGAUGAAAUUACCGAAUGGAUAUGUAGACGAUAUAUGAUGAAACAAAAAGGAGUUUUAACCGAAGAGCUUAAAUUAACAAAGCGUCGCAUUUUAUGGGAUGAAAAACAACUCUAUCAUUGUACGACCGGCAUUGCUCGAGAAAGCACAGAAUGA